AUGGCUGAGGAAAUGCCCCAAUUCAAAUUGCUCCUUGUGGGCGACGGUGGCGUUGGCAAGACCACCUUGGUGAAGCGCCACUUGACCGGCGAGUUCGAGAAGAAGUACAUUCCCACCCUGGGUGUCGAGGUCCACCCCCUGAAGUUCCGCACCAACUGCGGUGGCAUCCAGUUCAACGCCUGGGACACCGCCGGCCAGGAGAAGUACGGUGGUCUGCGUGACGGCUACUACAUCAAGGGAGAGUGCGCCAUCAUCAUGUUCGACGUGACCAGCCGCAUUACGUACCGCAAUGUGCCCAACUGGCACCGUGACAUCGUUCGCGUUUGUGACAACAUCCCCAUGGUGUUGUGUGGCAACAAGGCCGACGUCAAGGAGCGCCAGGUGAAGGCUGGCCACAUCCAGUUCCACCGCAAGCGCAACCUGCAGUACUACGACCUGUCGGCUCGCUCCAACUUCAACUUCGAGCGCCCUUUCCUGUGGUUGGCUCGCAGGCUGCUGAACCAGCCUCAGCUCGUGUUCGUGGGUGAGUGCGCGAAGGAGCCCGAGUUCAAGAUCGACCCCGAGUUGGCCGAACAGUGUGAGCGCAACCUGGAGGCCGCCGCCAACGUCGCGAUUGAUGACGAUGGCGAACUUUAA